CUGUAGUAGGUAGCCUAGACGUUCUGGCUCACAAGCACACUUGUGCGCACUGUUGACAGGUCUAUCUUUCUGUGGCAUCCUACUCACUCCCUCAGUGCCAUAACAACCGAAGGCAUUAGCAUGGUUCAAUAAAACAUCCGGGUUUAGAUUAUGUGCUUCAGUUGUAUGGGGCGUAGCGAGAGCAGGUUGUAUUUUGAGGGACUACGGUGACUAGGCUACUGUGCUCGUCUUGUCUGGUGGAGGGUGACAUAGCCUAAACAGGGUUACCCCUGCACAAUUUAGGCUAUUUAUGUCAACUGUUUAAGUCGUGAUCUUAAACGAAUGAUACAGAGAAGUCGCGUGGUCCCGUUUGGUGCCUGCUGAUAGAGUGAGAUAGAGAGAGAGAAAGAGGUGCGGGGCGACCCGAGGUGGCGGUGGCAUUUCCACCGUCGAGAGCCUGCAAGAGAACAUCAUCGCCCGCGCGGUGACUUUGAUGCGCGUGGUUGUGCUCGUCAGAGGGGAGUGGAAUCCUAAGCGUGGGAAAAAAGGCAAGAGGUAGAUUCUUCUCCGGGGGACCCAAAACUGUUCGAAGCAUCUACGGCUUUUCCCGGUUGCACCAUGGCGCGGGAGAACGGAGACUCCGGGAAAUGCUCGUGGAAAAAGCAAGUUGAUGACAUCAAGAAGAUAUUUGAAUUCAAGGAGAUCCUCGGAACAGGUGCGUUCUCAGAGGUGGUGCUGGCCCAGGACAGGGCUACGGGGCACAUGUACGCGGUCAAGUGCAUUCCCAAGAAGGCCCUCAAGGGGAAAGAGAGCAGCAUCGAGAACGAGAUCGCCGUCCUCCGCAGGAUUAAACAUGAGAACAUUGUGGCACUGGAUGACAUAUAUGAGAGCUCCAACCAUCUGUACCUGAUCAUGCAGCUGGUAUCUGGGGGGGAGCUGUUCGACCGUAUUGUGGAGAAAGGCUUCUACACAGAGAAGGAUGCCAGUACACUUAUCAGACAAGUGCUGGAUGCAGUCAACUACCUCCAUAAGAUGGGCAUCGUGCACAGAGACCUGAAGCCUGAGAACCUGCUUUACUACAACUCUCAGGAUGGAUCGAAGAUCAUGAUCAGUGACUUUGGCCUGUCUAAGAUGGAGGGCACAGGUGACGUCAUGUCCACAGCCUGUGGUACCCCAGGAUAUGUGGCUCCAGAGGUGCUGGCACAGAAGCCAUACAGUAAGGCAGUGGACUGCUGGUCCAUCGGCGUCAUCGCCUACAUCUUGCUGUGUGGGUACCCCCCUUUCUACGAUGAGAAUGACUCCAAACUCUUUGAACAGAUUCUCAAAGCUGACUACGAGUUUGAUGCACCUUACUGGGAUGACAUAUCUGACUCUGCUAAAGACUUCAUUAGCUGUUUGAUGGAGAAGGACCCGGCCAAAAGAUACACAUGUGACCAAGCGCUUCGGCAUCCCUGCAUGAGCAGCAGCAUGAGCAGCAGCAUGGGCAGCAGCAUAGACGGCGCCGCCACCAACCCGACCCGAAGCCAAAGCCAAGCGCACAGCCAGAGCCAGAGCCAGAGCCAUACACCAAACCAGACGCCGCCGCUGCAGUCGCAGCAGGCCACACCAAACCAGACGCAGAUGCAGACGCCACUGGCGCAGACGAAGACGCCCGUCCAGAUGACACCAAACCAGAUGCCGCUGAACCAUGCCCACGGGCAGAGCCAGAACGCCGUACAUGUCAAGAGUCCCGUCCCGGACGCCACCUCUGUGCCCUGCAAGGACUGUCCCGCCCCUUCCUCUACCCCCUGCAGCCUGGCCUUGGCUGCUUCCUCCUCGGCCGCGGGAGUGGAGUCCUGCCGACCACGUCCUUCCACUGUCGCCACGGUGAUCACGGGGCCCAAGUGACGCCAGGUCCUGCGGGGAGAGAGCUGGGAGGCGACCGCGCUGUGAACGCACACACACCUUCGUCGCUGCCCAACCCACUCCCCGCCCUGCCGCGGAGAGGCAGAGGACUGUCUGAUUGCCAUAGCCUAUUGCACACACACACACACACACACACACACACACACACACACACACACACACACACACACACACACACACACACACACACACAUAUCCACCUGGACCUGCAUGCCAGAAGAGGGCAAAGCUCUCUCUCUCUCACACACACACACACGUUUCUUGGUGUUUUAUGCCCCCAAUGUUGUCUUCAAGGCAGCACUGCCUAGAAGGCACUAGGGUUAGGCA